UAUGCUGCGGCCUCUGGUCACAGGCGGUUGCGAGCGCUUUAAUAGUCAGGCUCUGCUCGUCGAGCCCGCCGGUUUACGCACGCAUUUUUCGCGGUUAUUCGUCGGUGACUGUGUUAAAAAGGAGACAGGUUGCCACAGCCGGUUAUAGUUUCCUUGCCUACUUACACACGCGUAGAAAUCACCGACGGUGUUCUCACGAUGAUUCUCAAAAGAGGAAUUAAAUAAUAAUAGAAACGAAAGAGGGAAGAGGAAAAUAUCGAUAAAAACCUUAUACAUAAUAAUAAGAAUAGUAAAUAAUAAUAAGAAUGUGGUAAUUACCGAGAGUGGAUAAUAAAGACUGCCAUGCUGGAUGCAACCCCGUGCUGUUCCAGGUAAACGAGACUGUCUUGUAAACGAUCUCGUCGUCUCUCGAGUAUUUACACGAAUAUUCGUCGUUGUCCGGUAGGUGCCGGUUAGACGUUCGGGCUCCAGUUGGGAAGAAGAGUCCACUUUGGCGACGAUAUGCUCGCAAAGUAGCACGCCAAGUUCGACAUUCUUCCUGCUGAGGCUGUCCGCACCAUGUUGUGCAGGUGAGCCGGUGGGAGGCGCUGACCGGUGGCGACGGCGGCCAUGCGCCCCGGUCCGCCAUCAACGAGCUGCCGCAGGCCUCCCCGUCGUCGCCAGCCCCGGCUGAUCGCAGCCUGCAGCUUUCGGGUGCUUUUGGCCCUUCUCCUCGCGGCCGCUCCCUCCCUCCUCGCCGACACCCCCCUUCAGCUUGCUCUGACGAGCGAGCAAAAGGUGCAGCCGAAGAUCGCCGCGAGGGGUCCGCUCAACCUCACCGUCGGCUACCUCGCCGCCAUCAAGGGUGAGCUCAGCGACCGCAAGGGGUUGGCCAUUUCCGGCGCCAUAUCCAUCGCCCUCGACGAGAUAAAUUCGGAUGAUAAUAUUUUGCCGAACGUAACGCUGGUGAUGCGAUGGAAGGACACACGCGGCGACACGGUGGACGCAACUCGGGCGAUGAUCGACAUGAUCUGCGACGGUGUUGUCGCCUUCUUUGGCCCGGAGGGAUCCUGUUACGUCGAGGCAAUCGUCGCCCAAUCUCGGAACAUACCGAUGAUAAGCUACAAAUGCUCGGAUUCGAAGGCAUCGGCGGUGUCAACUUUUGCGCGGACGGAGCCGCCGGACACUCAGGUGUCGAAGUCCGUCAUCGCGUUGCUGCUUCAUUACAAUUGGGACAAAUUUUCUAUAAUAACGGAAAAAUCUUGGGCGACCGUUGCUCACUCGUUGAAAGAUCAGGCAGCUAAGCACAACCUCACUGUAAACCAUUUUAAACCCGUCGAAGAUCGGCACAUUUGCUGCGAACAGAGAUUGCCUUGCUGCGGAAACGAUUGGUUUCAGCUGAUACAGGACACCAAAAACAUGACUCGCAUUUAUAUUUUCCUUGGGUCAGCCUCAUCCCUGGUAGACAUGAUGAAUUCAAUGCAAAAUCAAAGAUUAUUGGACGAUGGAGAAUAUAUGGUAAUACAUGUUGACAUGAUGACAUAUUCUCAACGAGAAGCAGAGAAGUACUUAUGGAGACCGAACAGUGUUAAUACUUUACGAAAUUGCUUGGAGCCAAAGGAUUUUUUGAAAAAGGGUCGUUCGCUUCUGGUUGUUGUCGCUACGUCGCCGACUCAGGGCUACGAAGUAUUUACUAAAAAAGUUAGCGACUACAACAUAAAGGAACCGUUUCAUUUCUCUAUUCCUCCACUCUUCAAACAGUCGAAUUUCGAAAAGCACGUAUCUAUUCACGCGGCCUAUCUUUACGAUUCGGUAAAAUUAUAUGCUCAGGCCUUGGAUCAACUCAUUAGGGAGCACCAAGAUCUCAGCGUCGAAGAGAUUGCCAGCAAUGGCACUCGGAUAAUAGAGACGAUCAUCAAAAGGCACACUUACGACAGUAUUAGCGGAGCGACGAUAAAACUGGACGAAAACGGAGACUCGGAGGGAAAUUUCUCCGUUCUUGCACUGCAAAAAUUACCUAUGACGCGAGAUAAAUUUUCGUGCGAUUACCAAAUGAUUCCCGUCGGGCAAUUUCAACAGGGUGAUACUAUAGUCUACAGGCCUAUCAAGUCAAUGGAUUGGCCUGGUAAAAACAAACCGGAAUCCGAACCCGGUUGUGGUUUUCGAAACGAACACUGUCCAAUAAUUGACACGUAUUCGCGGAGCAUUAUCGCGGCAGGUGUACUAGCUGCCUUAUUAUUUUGCGCCGGAGUUAUUGCCCUGAGUAUAUAUCGAAGGUGGAAAAUAGAACAGGAGAUAGAGGGACUGCUGUGGAAAAUUGAUCCGAGUGAAAUUCACGGCUAUCCUCAUCUGGACAACAUGAUGUCAUCCCCUAGCAAGUUAAGUUUAGUUAGUGCCAUAUCAUACGAAUCCAGGUGUGGAGGACAAGUGUUUGCACAGACUGGUCAUUACCAUGGGGUAGUUGUACGGAUAAAGGAACUGAAAUUCUCAAAAAAGAAAGACACCCCGCGAGACGUGAUGAAGGAAAUGCGCGUACUUCGUGAAAUAAGACACGGAAAUCUAAACUCUUUUAUCGGAGCCUGCGUCGAACCCAUGAGAAUAUUGCUAAUUACCGACUAUUGUGCCAAAGGAAGUCUUUACGACAUAAUCGAAAAUGAGGAUAUCAAGUUGGACGAUAUGUUCAUUGCGUCGUUAGUUCAUGAUCUCAUCAAGGGCAUGCUGUACAUUCACGAGUCAUCCGUGCUAGUCUGUCACGGUAAUCUCAAGUCUUCCAACUGCGUAGUAACGUCACGUUGGGUACUUCAAGUCUCGGAUUUUGGUCUCCACGACAUGCGACACUGCGCUGAAUCUGACAGUAUCGGGGAACAUCAGUAUUAUCGAAGCUUGUUUUGGAAAGCACCAGAAUUACUGAGGAAUCCCAACGCACCUAUAAGAGGAACUCAGGAAGGAGAUAUAUAUUCGUUUGCUAUCAUAUUGUUUGAAAUAAUUGGACGGAAGGGACCGUUUGGGGGGGUAAAUCUAGAGCCCAAAGAAAUCAUAGAUCGAGUAAAGAGAUACCCGGAAGAAGGAGAGCCGCCGUUUCGACCGAACAUUGACAUAUUGUCGGAUUCCGAAACGGGAUCCAGCGAUUACAUAGUCAAUACUAUAACCGACUGCUGGGCAGAGAGCCCCGAACUUAGACCAGACUUUAAAAUGAUAAGGACUCGUUUGAAGAAGAUGAAAGCAGGCAGGCACAGAAAUAUAAUGGACCAGAUGAUGGACAUGAUGGAGAAAUAUGCCAACAACCUCGAAGAUCUAGUCAGUGAGCGUACGCGCCUUCUCUUCGAGGAGAAACAAAAAACCGAAGAUCUUCUCCACAGAAUGUUACCUGAACCUGUUGCCAAUUGUCUCACAAACGGUAUUGGAGUUGAGCCAGAAGCUUUCGAUUUAGUCACAAUAUACUUCAGUGACAUUGUAGGAUUCACUGCAAUGUCAGCUGAGAGUACACCGUUUCAGGUUGUUAAUUUCCUGAAUGAUCUGUACACUUUAUUUGAUCGUAUCAUCAAAGGAUACGACGUCUACAAGGUUGAAACGAUCGGAGACGCCUACAUGGUGGUUUCCGGCCUUCCAAUUAAGAACGGAAACAAACACGCCGGUGAAAUAGCAUCGAUGUCCCUCGAAUUGUUGAAUGCUGUUAAACAUCACACGAUAGCUCAUCGGCCGAACGAUACGCUUAAACUCAGGAUUGGAAUUCACACAGGCCCUGUGGUAGCUGGUGUGGUCGGUCUAACAAUGCCGCGGUAUUGUUUAUUCGGAGACACCGUGAAUACAGCGUCGCGAAUGGAAUCCAAUGGUGAACCUCUGCGGAUACACAUUAGCGCCCAGUGCAAGGAAGCCCUCGACAAAGUCGGGGGAUAUAUCGUCGAGGACAGGGGAUUCGUUAAUAUGAAGGGAAAGGGCGAGGUGAAAACAUACUGGCUUGUUGGAGCGACUGAAAAAGCCAUACAGAAGAGAGAGGUGAAUCUGGGAGAGCUUCCACCGCCUCUAUUUUGUCGGCCCAGAAGAAGCCCGAAAUUUAAUCCCGAAUCGAGACAAGCAUCGCUUUUGGCAGGCCUUGGAGGUGGCGGUAGUAGAAGACACUCUAGCGUGCCUAGGCCGGGAAAUACCGAUGAUUCGUCCUCGCAGCACGGAGGAUCGAGUCCCGUACCCCGUUCCGUGACAAAGAAGCUGGAGCGGACUCCUCUUUACUUGCUUGACAGCUUGAUGAGUAAUUCGAAAAUGACAUUAGAUAACAUCGCGCUGCCUAGGGAGAUGGAUACCAGAGCUGCGAAUGUCAAGCUUGCGCUCGACGACAUGUUCGUCGACGUCAAACCGAAGUUCCGUAAGAAUGCCAGAGUGUUAUCGACGAUAGCCGCAUCCUCUUCGACGAGUGAUUAUCCGUCACCGACAAUCUUGAGAGAAUCUCGAUCGCUGGAUCCGUUCCCCAUGGAACGGCAGUGCAGUCGGAAGCUUCAAUCUCCGAAUUUUUCUACCAAGGAAAAUAAAAAGAGUUUCAGAUCUAUGGAGAAUUGUGAUGAGUGCACAAAGACUACAUCGAAAACGGACGUAUCAACCGAUAAAGUGUUGAAUAAUAAUUACCCUAAUGGCAAUGUGAUAAUAGUGCCUAGAACAGACAAUGUAACUUGUGAUGUAGAUACUCCGUUGCUCUCAGGUGACGGAAGUUGCGUAGGAGAAGUAGUGCCUGUGAAACGAUGGCGUUCGCUGGAUCAAGUUGCACCUACUCCGAGUACAGGGGAUGUUCCUGACAAAAAAUCGUCGGCAAGGAACUCGAUAAGAAGUUGGCUGGUGAAUCUUUUUAAUGGAAACGGUUUGAGAAGUAGCGACGCAUCUCUGCGGAGGGGAGUGAUAACAGGGUACGACAUACAGUCGGAAAGGGAGAGUAUAGUUUGAUGAUUCUCUUCCCUGUUUCAUAUUUUUUUUUCUUCUCCUAACCUUCAUCACUUUCCGCCUUUUUGUAUAUAAAUAAUGACCUACGUGAAAAUGUAGAUCAAUUGAUAAUGCAAAGGAUCGUCAAAGUAAUAUUAUUGUUAUGAGUCAUAAGCAUGAUGAUUAUCUGUUGCCAUUUUAGCUUACAAUUUAGGUAUGUGCAAUUUAUGUAUAUGAAAGUUACCGUCAGUGUAUAUUUUUAAUAUGAUAAAGAUAUUUUAUAAUUUGUAUUAAAAUGAGCGUUGAAUGAUGAUGUUGAUGGUGAUUAUGCGGUUAAUACAUAGUGCGGGACUGUUACUAUGUUUAUAAAAUUAGUUUUAAAAUACCUAAGCGUGUAACAAGAAAUAAGAAACAAAAAAAAAUAUUUUAUGAAAAUCAUUCUAACCAAAGUAUACAAACAUGAAAUAUGAUCUUCCUAAAUGAGAUCGCUCUGUGCAUUAGCACGAAAGUGAACCAACGAGACCUUAACAAUGAAAAUACAAAUUGAAAAUAAGGUAAGCACCGCUAUCGAUGCUCUUAGUCUCAAAAAGUGCUGUAUUCUAUAUAUAUUUAUAUAUACAUAUAAAUAUAAAAUACAAAUAAUUUUAUAUAUGCAUAACAUAACAUAUACUUGUUCACUGAAGGGAAGCAAAUUAUCUGUAUGGCUGUGAAAAGUGAACUAGAUCGUACCUAAGGUGCUUAGUAAUAUAUCAUGUUGUCAAAUGUAUAUAAUAAGUAAAUAAUAAUAUAUCUAUGUGAAAAUGAAAUGUAAUUUUAAAAGAAAGCAAACAAAAAAAUUUCACCUUCUGUAAAUGCUAAUUAAAAAUUUACCUUUUCGAAUCUUUAAAACUGUGACAAUCUUGUGUAACAAUUAUCCCGUCCUAGGAUUGAAGUAGCUUUGUAUCCCGGACAGCGAAGAAUUCGAGUGAUUAAUUUAUUUACGCCCUAAUUGUUACAAAUUAUAUAGUAAAAAAGUGCCUACCGUUAUCGAUAAUAAUAUACGAAAUAGAUAUGUGAAGCUAAGAGAAUUUCACUAUCCGACAGAUGAUUAUGAUAUACUAUGUACAUUUUAUUUCAAUAAUAACUUACAGGAAAAAGACAUUGCUUGUACAGAUUUUUUGUCAUUAAUGUGAUUGAAUCGAUUUUGAAAAACUAUAACUUUGGCUAUCUCGAAAAGUCUACGCGCACAAUCGAAACUAAUCGUGCCCUGAUAAAAAUUUAGACAGAAAGUCGGUGGGUUUCUUUUCCUCGGUUUCCUUGAAGUAGUUCAUGAGCGUUCCUUUCUGCUUCCAAAUCUCCACAGUUUCCUUCAGUUCCAUUUGACCCUUUGUAAAAGUAACAGAUAUUUCUCAAAUGUCGAUAACCAAAGUGUAUCGGAAUACUUCUACAAUUGGAUUGACAUUGACAAAUACAAUUAUUUCCAAUUUUUAAAAGACCAUAAAUCUGAGAAUUAUGAAUAAUUUCAAGUUACGCUUAAAAUGAGUGAUAAAAAAUGUACUUUACUUUUAUAACAAGCAGAUCUAUGGCUCUGAUGUCUCGCACAUGAGCAUUCUUCAAGAACUCCUCGCGAAGUUUCUUCCUGCACUGUAUCACAGACUUCGGGAUAUGGUAAUCCUGAACUAGAUUAAAAAAAAUUAUUCAUUUGUGGUAGAGUUAAAGUCUCUUGACAUAAAAAGCGGGGCUUGUUAAUAAUUACAGCAGAAAAUAAGUAGACAGUUUAGGUUAGGUUAUUUAUGUAAUCGAUAAAAUAUACUUGUUACAGGGCUAGUACAUUAUAAGAUGACAUGACUGAGUAACGAAGAGAAAAAGAACAUUAACAAUAAAUGCAUUAAUAUUGUAAGAAUUGAGAUAAGUAAUACGGAAAAGCAAUAACGAAGGAGAAAACUGUCUACGCACCUUGGAACGACGUUAAACGCUAGAAAACCAGAUUUUGUUACGAAUAGACGAAGUUCAGGUGUACCUACCGAUAAAUGGGAUUUGGCGGUACCACGCUUUGUAUAAGUUGAGAACUCUGGACCGUGCUUCAGGUUGAUCAAUGGAUAAAAUUGGUCGCACUUGGCGACGGACAGUCCUUACAGCGGAGGCCAUUGCUAUUUACUGGAUCUGAUUGAGA